AUGCAUGCCUCUCCCCGCGCCAAUGCGUUCUCGAGCGCAAGUGUGCAGGCCGCCGCUCUGAAGGAGUGGAGGAAAAGCAGCUCAAAGCACAAGGAAGCAGCGAGCUCGCUGCGGCAAAAGGUGCGGCAACUCAAGAGUGACGCAGAAGCUUGUCGCCGUGCUGUCCAGUGGAUGCACGAGCGCGACGUUCUCAAUGCUAAACAGGAAACAUGCGAGGCGGCGCUGGUUGCGAUGGAGAAGGGUCUUGGUAAUGCAGUGUCAGACGCCGACAAUGAGUGCCACCACCGGGAACUUUCCGCGCUGAAGAUUUUCCUGUCCCAGCAGCUGACAGAGGUUGAUGCGCUGCUGUGCACAUCCACUGCACAAGAAUCUCAAAAUAGUUCUAGCUCAACUGCGGAGGAUCGGGUCGCUCACAUUCGCGAAUGGAUUGCGGCGGAGCUCACAAAGUGCGAGACGAACAUGGCGGCACUUGCUAAGCCUUCUGCGGACCUCGAGCACCAGCCGAACGCCGUUGCCGAGUGCCGUGCUGUUGCCCGACAAGCACAGCUGACAUUUGCGGCACUGUGCGACAGCUACCACCCAGCACACCAGCUGCGCGAUACCUUUGAGGCCGCGUUGAAGAACGUGGAGGAGGAGGUGUUGGCUCGUAUCAAGGACGCUAGCGUUUCCACAGCUAUCGCAACGCCGCCAGAUGUGCUUCAGACCGUGGAGCUCAUCGUGAGGAUGGGACAGCACGCACGACAGUUUGAUAUCUCAGCAGCCACCAUGGCGGCCUUGACAGAACGGGUAUCGGCGGUAUAUCCGGGCAUGCCUUCCGCUCAGGUUCAUGUGGCCAUUGAAGAGUCUAUAGCACUUCGGAAAGAGCGAGUGCUCUCGCAGGCUGCCAUGUCAGACUUCCAGCGAGUAAACGCCUCUCUUUUGUCCUCAUGCGAGUCUGCGUUUCUUGUUGCUCAGGAGUCGGCAAAGCAGCGGCAAGAGAAGACGGAGGCUGCGCGGCAGCGUGUUGCCGCACAAAAUCAGCGCCACGCACACCUUACAGCGGAGCGUGCCGCUUAUGAGGCUGUGCUGCGACACCGUCAGAGCAUCGAGGUGCAGAUGCAAGCAGCGGUGGCGGCGAAGGAGAAGGCUCUGCAGGCAAAGCGUGCGAUCGAAUUUCAAGAGCGCCUCCGUCUCUUUGAGGCGUACGAAGUACAGCAGGCGGCGCUGCGGCAGAAGGAGCGGGAGCUGGCGGAGCUGCAGGCUCAGGCACUGGAGGAGGAGAAAGCAGCGCGCAUGCACCGCAACGAAGAGCGGGUCAAGUACCGACGCCAGCGAGACGAACAGCGGCACUAUGAGCAGAAGAAGCACGAGCACGAACUGCUCGCGCUGAGGGCCAAGAGGCAGGAAGCGUUGCAGCGGUUCUUCGCUUCCGUCGAUAAACAAAUCGGUGUGGAGACUGACCCGCGUCGUCUCCUCAAAGCGACCACCUCGAGCGCGCAAGCGAAGCAGUACACUACGCUUGCCCAAGCCACGAGGCCGUCCAUCUCGGGCUUCUCUGACGAAGAAAUUAUGAAGGAUCCACGGGUGCGACUGUAUCAUGCGCUGCUUGCUGCCGGGCUGCACACCACUCCAUAUGGGCGAGAGAUGGCGACCCGUGGAUACCGCGUUUCUCCUGCCCAGCAGAGCAGCGAGGGAAAUCCCCUGCGAAGCGAGUUCUCGUGA